AUGGAUGCUAUCGCUCCCGGCCUGUCUUCAGGGCUGUUGGCUCUCUGUGCCAUCGGCUUCUCCGUGGCGAUAUUGUUUGUUUACCAACUACGGUUCAGCCCUUUAGCUGGCGUCCCUGGCCCGAGAGCCGCUGCAGUAACGCGGUGGUAUGAGUUCUACUGGGAGUGCAUCAAGCAGGGUCGCUAUACCUUCAAGAUCGAGGAACUGCACAGGAGAUAUGAAAAGCAGGCAAAAGCGGUUCUUGAAUCAAAAGGAGAACGGGAGGGCUCUCCUCCAACCGUUCUUGAUGCCGUGUAUACCUGUCCUGCGCUUGGGCCUGAAGAAAAGACUCUGAGACGACUCACGGCAGAGGCGGCCACGCUUAUCGGAGCAGGAACAGAGACGACGGGGAACACGCUCUCUGUUUUCACCUUCCAUGUUCUCUCAAACCCCCAUGUCUUGAAGAAAGUCACGGCAGAGCUUGUAGAUGCCGCCGCAAAGGCAGGUAGCAAGCAAGAGUUUCUAGACAACAAGACACUCGUGGGUUUGCCUUACUUCCAGGCCUGCAUCAAGGAAGCCCUGCGCAUAGGAAUGGGUGUCUCGGGCCGCCUUCCGCGGGUGAAUCCUCUAGAGCCCACCAGCUACACCACUCCAACGGGUAAAACAUAUGUCUUCCCGCCUGGCACCGCCAUCUCCAUGUCAAUCCGUAACAUGCAUUUCAACGAAAAGAUAUUCGACCGCCCUCACUGCUAUAUGCCCGAGAGGUGGCUGGAGAGUAGUCAACAGGAUUUAUGGCGCAUGGAGAAGGCCUUUGUCCCGUUUUCAGCUGGCAGCAGGGUGUGCUUGGGACUUGAACUGGCAAAGAUGGAGAUCAACCUUCUAGCAGGGAAUUUACUGCAUAGAUUCAGACUGGAGCUGUUUGAAACAACAGAGAGAGAUAUCAGCGUCCAGCAUGACUUCUUUGCGCCCUUCGGACCUACGGAUAGCAAGGGAGUGAGGAUGAUUGUGAAGGAAUAA